UCGCCGGCGAGGGCAAAGCUUUUUCCGGGCAUGGAGGUGGACUGGGGCGAGACGGGGGAUGGCUACUACAGUCAAGGAGAAGAGGAAGAAGAGGAAGACGAGGAAGACGAGGAAGAGGACGACAGUGGAGGAGAUGAAGUAGAAUUUGUAGCCCCUGGGCCUGGCUAUGGUGCUCCUCCUCCCCAUCCUCCUCCUCCGCAGGAUAACGUUGUGGUGAUCGAUGGCAGUGACGAUGAAUCGGGCAAGGAGGCCCGCUCCAAGCUUUGCGAGGUUUGCACGUAUCUCAAUUUCUCCAGGGCCGCCAAGUGUAGCAUGUGUCGAUCGGAGUUUGGGGCCUCGAGCGGCGCCGCCGGAUCGAAGCCAUGCCCAGUUUGCACUUUCGCCAACAAGAUGGGAGCGCUGGCGUGUUCUAUGUGCAAUGCCCGGUUUGAGCCGCGGAUCGAGCAGGAGAUUCGCAACAACGAGCCCAAGAACAGCGAAGAAGGAUCAUCGGGAUCGAGCGAGAGAGCUUGCCCGGCUUGCACUUUCAUCAAUGAGAUGCCCUCCAGCGCGUGUUCUAUGUGCCGAGCCCCGUUUGAUCCGAUCGAUUUGACGAUGAUCGAGGAGGACCCGGCUCCUCCAGCGGUCAAGCCCCCGGUCAACUGCGUGGUGUGCCGCGUUGACGGCGUUGACGGCUACUCCCUCCAAGGAUGUGGGCACGGUUUUUGCCGGGAUUGCGCGGUCGGGCUCGUCGGCGACCGUGUGGAGAGGCUCCAGUCCGGCUUUGCGGGAUUCGAGUGUCCGAUCUGCCAGCUCCCCCUGAGCCGACAGGAUCUAAGAGUUGUCGCCGGCAAGGAGGCCGUGGACUUUGUGGACCAGUGGCUGUGCUCGAGGAUGCGCGACGCCUCGGCGGCUUUCAACCCCGGUGAGAAUUCGGCGAAGCGGCUCAAGGUGGCGGCGGCGGCGGCGACCUUUUCGUGGGACGCGGAGAUGGAGACCAUCUUUGCGACGGUGGAGGAGCUCCGGGCAGUGUAUCACUCGAGCUUGAGCGUCAAGGUGGCGAGGAAGAACCACACGAAGAAGAGCUCGUCGAUCCGGCGAGCUUUCAAGGCGAAGAAGUCCGAGACGGCGAGCUCCAAGGAGGUUUGCGCAGUGGCCGUGGAUAAGAAUGUCGAGGCCUCGGACAAGGCAGUGGUCGAGGUGUUGAGGAAGCUCUCGGACGGGAUCAAGCUGGCGUGCCUGGAGAAUGGCGGCCGGGUCUCGCUGCCAGCAGCCGCGCUGCUGUGCUGCCGUGACUCUAUCGCCCGCGAGGUUCUCAGCUGGCUGCUCCGCAACGAUUCAGCGCUGGACAUCGUCUCCCGCUCGGAGCUCCACUUCGAGCUCUUUGCUCUGCUGCGGACUGUUGCCGGCCUUCCGGAGCUCCUCCCGCUGGUUUGCGGCAGCGCGUCGGAUCCGAGCCACGAUUGCUGGAGCGGCAGCGAGGGACUGUUCCAUCCGGCGUCGCUCAUGGCCAGCUUCGCGAAGCUCCACACGCAGGCCUCGUUCUUCCUGAGCACGCCGAUGCUUGGCGGGGUGGACGACGACGAGAACUCCGCGGUGGAGGCGGCGCUGUUUGGCGAGGCAAAGGACACGUUUGAGCGGCUGGAGCGGCGGAUCAGUGCGUGGAGGCAGCGCCUCGCGUGGCAUGCAGCGUGGAUGGAAGACUCGGACCAAGUUUUCAAGCUCCGCCACCCUGGCGCUCUUCCGUCAGGGUCGCCCUCCUCCGGCGCUAGCAGCAUCACGAUCGAGAAGGAGAGCUCUCCACCGCCGCGACACGACGACAAAGGCAAGCAAGUGAUCGCCAUGGACGAACCACUCAGCGAGGAGCUCGACUACGUGACGGCGCUCAAGCCACUCCAGUUCGGCCACGCUGCGCUCCUCCAGAAUCACUACUUCCGGAGCUCGAUCCACUGGGACGCGGACUUGGGCAACGGCAGCCGGUCCCGGCGCAUCGCCAAGGAGCUGGCUGGCCUCGCCACGCAGCUCCCGCUCGAGUUCCACUCCUCGAUCCACGUCCGGGUGGACGAGUUCCGGAUGGACCUCCUCCGCGCGCUCAUCAUCGGCCCCCACGACACGCCAUACGAGAAUGGGAUCUUCCUCUUCGACAUCUUCGUGGGCGAUGGCUACCCGAGCUCCCCUCCGUCGGUCCAGUUCCUCACCACCGCCGGCGGCAAGGUGCGAUUCAAUCCAAACUUGUACCACUGUGGCAAGGUGUGCUUGAGCUUGCUGGGGACUUGGACCGGACCAUCGUGGCAGCCGGGAUCCUCGACGCUGCUCCAGCUGCUCGUGUCGCUCCAAAGCCUGGUGUUCGUGAGCGAGCCUUACUACAACGAACCCGGGUGGGAGAAGAGCAGGCCCAAGGAUGGUAGCCGCCACUACGCGUCCGAGAAUUACAACUACGAGCAGUGCUUCAACACGAUGAUGCAUUCCAUGGCGCCGGCGCUGCGCAGUCCGGACGAGGUGUUCAAGGAUUUGAUCGCGGCGCACUUUCGGUUCAAGAGGAGGAGGAUCGAGGAGCAGUGUGACAAAUGGAGCGCGAUGGGGUGGCAGCAAGUGCAGUACCCGAGAGGAGGGCGAUUCUUGAAGAGCGAGGACAAUAUCCAGUGGACGACUACGACUAUAAACAAUGGCAAGGUGAUGGCGGACGCUGCGAAUGAGGUAAGAAUGGAGCUUGCCAAGUUUCUUGGGUGAAAGAGAGUUCGUUUUAUUUUACUCUUCCUUUACAUUGUUAACCAACUUCAUCAAGUUAAAGCCCGCGCACCUCGCAUUAUAAAUGUUCCAUACAUUCCAAACAAACAACUAAUUCAAGCUGUGCUUAGUAGAUCGAAA